CAGCCUGGCCCCUCCCAGAUGAUGAUGAUUCCCCAGCAACCAAUCAGCUUCCCCAAUUCACAAGGCACGGCUUACUAUAUACCUGGCCAGUACCGUCCCUCAUACGUGACUCCUCAGCAGUAUCAGGUGGCCGGUUCUCCUGGUUUCUAUCCCGGCACGAGUCCAGCUGAUUACGCUGGGGCGUAUUACCCCGCCCAGCCCCAGUUCACACCCCCCGUUGCCCCGGCGCCCGUCAUCAUUAACCCCGCCCCCCAGCAGCAACAGGCCCCGCCCCCUCAACAGCAGCAAGCUCCGCCCAGACGGGAACGCAAGCAGAUCAGGAUCAGAGACCCUAAUCAGGGAGGACGUGACAUCACAGAAGAGAUCAUGUCAGGAGGUCGCAGUGGCUCCACACCCACGCCUCCACAGCCCAAUGGUGACAACGCUACACCUGCAGUCGCCAUGACAACCAGAGUGGAGUUUCCCAUCCCUCCAGGCGAAAGCCCGAUACCCGAUGCCCUGCCGACUCCGCCCCCUACCAGUCCGAUAAGCGAUACAGUAGAUGCUCCGCCCCCAGCGCCUGCAGACGACACCCACACAAAGCCCACUGUGGUGGAACCGCCCACCUCGAACGGUGCCGAAGCCACACCCACUACAAGCAAAGAGGAGGGGCCUGUGACUGUAACGAUGCUUGUCGCUGCCCCCCAGGCGGAGCCUUCGCUGGAAUCACCAAUAGUGCAGCCCGAAGAGCUCCAGCUGUUCAACGGCGUCCCAGCAGGCUCCGCCCACAGAGACGUCAGUCCUAUCGCCGAGCCGGACGUAGCGAAAGAAGCACUGCCGUAUACCGCCGAUAUUUCUGAUAGGACUGUCAAAGAAAUCCCUCCUCAGGUUGUCAAGGAGACUCCCGUUGCGGUUAAGGAAGUGCCAGCUCCGGUUGUCAAGGAGACCCCCGCUCCUGUCGUCAAAGAGUCGGCUGCUCCUGUUGUCAAGGAGACCCCCACUCCUGUUGUGAAGGAGACCCCCACUCCUGUUGUGAAGGAGACCCCCGCUCCUGUUGUCAAGGAGAUCCCCGCUCCUGUCGUCAAGGAGAUGGCUGCUCCUGUUGUCAAGGAGACCCCCGCUCCUGUCGUCAAGGAGAAACCCACUCCUGUUGUGAAGGAGACGGCUGCUCUUGUUGCCAAGGAGACCCCUGCUCCUGUCAUCAAGGCGACUGUCCUUGUGGUUGCCAAGGAAACACCUACACCUGUUGAUGCGGAAACCCGUCCGCAGAUCACCCAGGAGGCUGUUGUCAAGGAAAUGCAUGGUGUCAAGGAGACCCCUGUCGAAACUCCUCCUGUCGUCAAGGAAACACCUUUACUCACUGCCAAGGAAACCCCCGAACCACUUUUCAAGGAAGCCACUGCCCCUUCAGAGGUCAUUUCUAAAGCCACGCCCCCUCCGAUGGAAGGGCAUGAGGACACGCCAACUACACAGACUACUCCCUCUGAGAGUUCUAUGCAAGUGGUUUCUGUGCCAAAGAAAAAGAGAAAAAUGAAAGACCUGAACAAGAAGGAGGCGGGAGAUCUGCUUGAUGCCUUUAAAGAGCACACACCCCCUGAGCCAGAGGCCACACCCCCAGUGAAGGCGGAGCCAGAGAGCCCCGCCCCCAUGGUCCCGCCCCCAGCAGAGGACGUGGAUGAGACGUGGGAGGAGAAAGAAGAUAAACUUGAUGCUGAAAACAUCAAACCGCAGAGUCCCACCCCGAGUUCACCCACCGAACAGAAAUACCAGUAUAAAGAAGAUAAACUUGAUGCUGAAAACAUCAAACCAGAGAGUCCCACCCCGAGUUCACCCACCGAACAGAAAUACCAGUAUAAAGAAGAACAAUGGAAACCGCUGAGCCCCGAGGAGAAGAAGAAAUAUGACCGAGAGUUUCUGCUCGGCUUCCAGUUCAUCAGCGCCAGCAUGCACAAACCUGAGGGUCUGCCGCAGAUCUCAGACGUGGUGCUGGAUAAGGCCAAUAAAACUCCUCUGCGGCAGCUGGAUCUGAGUCGUUUGCCCGGAAUGAACUGUGGUCCAGAUUUCACGCCUUCGUUUGCUAAUCUCGGCCGUCCGUCAGCCGGGGGGCGUGGCCCGCCAUCUGGUCUGAGCGGUCCUCGUCGUUCAGGUCAGGGUCAGCGCGGGAAGGAGCCGCGGAAGAUCAUCGCGAGUGUUUCCCUCACCGAAGACGUGCAGCUGAAUAAAGCAGAGAAGGCCUGGAAACCGAUGGUCAAGCGCAGCGGCCGCGCCGACGAGGACGAGCCCGACUUCCUGACGACGCAGGAGCUGUUCAAACGCGUGCGGAGCGUGCUGAACAAACUGACGCCGCAGAUGUUCCAGCCGCUGAUGAAGCAGGUGACCGAGCUCGCCAUCGACACAGAGGAGCGUCUGAAGGGAGUCAUCGACCUCAUCUUCGAGAAGGCCAUCUCUGAGCCCAACUUCUCCGUCGCCUACGCCAACAUGUGCCGCUGCCUGAUGGGGCUGAAAGUUCCCACCACGGAUAAACCCGCAGUGACGGUGAAUUUCAGGAAGCUGCUGCUGAAUCGUUGUCAGAAAGAGUUUGAGAAGGACAAAGAUGAUGAUGAAACGUUUGAGAAGAAGCAGAAAGAGCUGGAUGCACUCACACUGGAAGAGGAGAAGCAGAGGUUGAAGGAGGAGCUCGAGGACGCCAAAGACAAAGCCCGGCGACGGUCGCUAGGCAACAUCAAGUUCAUCGGCGAGCUGUUCAAGCUGAAGAUGCUGACGGAGACCAUCAUGCACGACUGCAUCGUAAAGCUGCUGAAGAACCACGACGAGGAGAGUCUGGAGUGUCUCUGCCGCCUGCUCUCCACCAUCGGGAAAGACCUGGACUUCGAGAAGGCCAAGCCCCGAAUGGAUCAAUAUUUCAACCAGAUGGAGAAAAUUAUUAAGGAGCGGAAAACCUCUUCCAGAAUUCGCUUCAUGCUGCAGGACGUUCUUGAUUUACGACGGAAUAACUGGGUCCCGCGGCGAGGAGAUCUGGGGCCGAAGACCAUCGAGCAGAUCCACAAGGAAGCAGAGCUGGAGGAGCACCGAGAGCAGGUCAAAGUUCAGCAGCAGCUCCUGUCCAAGAAGGACAGCCGCAGUGGAGGAGCUGGAGGAGGAGGAGGAGGAGGGAUGGGGCCCCGUGGAGGCCCCCACACACCCGGUUCCCGUGGCAACCAGGCCCCUGAUGACGGCUGGAACACGGUGCCCAUUUCCACCAAGAACAGACCCAUCGACCCGACGCGCCUCAGCAAGAUCACCAAGCCGGGCGCUUUGGACUUCAAUAAUCAGCUUCUUGCCCCCGGAGGUAAAGGCUCGUGGGGCAGUUGGGGCAAAGGCAGCAGCGGAGGCUCAGGAGCCAAACCCAGCGACAGCGCCCAGGAUUCUGGUCGUACCAGCACUUUGAAUCGAUUUUCAGCACUUCAGCAGCCUUCCUCCUCUUCUUCAUCAUCAUCCGCCAACAUCGACUCUGACAGGAGGGUUCCUCACAGGAGUAGCUCCAGUCGGGAACGCAGCGAUCGUUUCGAGCGGAUGGACCGGAACCGUCCCGCGGUCGGCAAGCGCAGCUUCAGCCGGGAAAAGGAGAGGAGUCGAGAUCGAGAGCAGCGUCCCGCUGAGAUGCUGCGGCGCGUUUCCAGCAUGACAGACGAGAGAGAACGAGAACGCAGCAACGUGAAGAGAGAAACCGUUCCCACUCCUCCACCUGCUUCAUCCAAACCGGAGCUGACGGAGGACGAGCUGGAGAAGAAGUCCACUGCCAUCAUCGAGGAGUAUCUGCACAUCAAUGACAUGAAGGAGGCGCUGCAGUGCGUCAGUGAGCUGAGCUGCUCGUCUCUGCUGUCUGUGUUUGUUCGGACGGGAAUCGAAUCGACGCUGGAGCGCAGCACCAUCGCUAGAGAACACAUGGGUUUACUGUUUCACCAGCUCGUCAAAACACAAACACUAUCCACACAACAAUACUACAAAGGGCUGCUGGAGGUGCUGGAGGUUGCGGAGGACAUGGCGAUAGAUAUUCCUCACAUCUGGCUGUAUCUGGCUGAGCUCAUCAGUCCCAUGCUGCAGGAGGGAGGGAUUCCCAUGGGGCCGCUCUUCAGGGAGGUGUCUAAACCGCUGGUGCCUCUUGGGAAGGCUGGAGUUCUGCUGGUGGAAAUCCUCAAGCUGCUCUGUAAAGCAAUGAGUCUUAAGAAGGCGGGAGUGAUGUGGAGAGACGCGGCGCUGAGCUGGAAAGACUUACUCCCCGAAGACGAGGACGUCAAUAAAUUUGUCACUGAAGAGGGAGUGGAGUUCACUCUGGGUGAGGAGUGUGUGAGGAAGAGCAGUAAAGGGACUCUGAGUCCAGAAGACAUUUCUAGAGAGCUGGAGCGACUCCUGCAGGAGAAAGCAGACAACCAGAGGAUCUUUGACUGGGUGGAGGCCAGUCUAGACGAGCAGCAAACAUCAUCGAGCACGUUUGUCCGAGCUCUGAUGACCACCGUCUGUCAGUGUGCCAUCAUCUGUGAGAAUCCAUAUAAAGUAGACACUAAAGAAAUUACCCAGAGGGCCAAGCUGCUGCAGCGCUACAUUAAAGACGAGCAGAAGGAGCUGCAGGCGCUCUAUGCCUUACAGAGUCUGAUGGUGCAGAUGGAGCAGCCACCGACCACACGGUCCAUCAAGAUGUUGUGGGCGGGGUCAGCGCAGGAUCUGUCCAAUCAGAGCUCGUUGCGCAUCCUGCGCCUCGCUUAUAAAGCUGGUUUCCGCAUGUGUUUCUCAGCCUUCAGUGCCUCCAGCUCGCGGCGGACCGGAGCCGGUGUGUGUUUGAGCUUAACGGGGCUGUGA